AUGUCGAGGAAAAGCACCGAGUUUUUGAAAUGGACUAACAAUGAGGUGGAGUUGUUGCUGAUCGGGUACUUCACCUGGGACAUUGAGGAGACCUUCCGCUGGCUCCUGGAAAACAAGCCGGAUCCAGGGACUGAACCGGCUUGUUGUCAGAUCUUCCUGGACCCGUCCGUGUUUUCAUCCCUAGAGUGUGAUCGUGAGUGUGAGUGUUUUCCAAUUGGAGUGAAGUCUGAAGACUCGUCCUUGUUUGGCCUCAGCUGCAUCAGAGCGCCACUUCUCCCCAGGUUCACCAGAGGAAACACCACUGCACAAAAUGCUUUUCCUCCCAGCUGCUGCUCUGUGCUGUCUGUGUUCAGCCCCACGCACGAGGCGAUCCGCGUUAACUCGUUACAGCAGAUUUGCCGUGUUAAUGCGGUUAUGGUGGCCUCAGCCAUGUUUCCUCCUCUGGUCCAGUUCUCCUGGAAAAGACAGAAGAAGAACGGCGGAGAACCGGAGGAGCUGCCCCCUGCUGAGGGAGAGCAGCUGGAGCUCAGAGAGUCGGGACGGACAACUUCUAUUUUAGUAGAUUAUACAGAUGAUCUCUACACGUACAGAUACAGCUGCUAUGUCAAGCAUGAGGGGGAACAUGGAGGGUCAAAAAGAAAAAGGCCCUUAAGCCUUGGUGACUGUUCCACUGUGAAUCCCCUUAAAGACGAGACACUUAAGACACAGACAACACACGUCUUUUGUUUUUCAGAGUUCAGGCUCCACAGGCCUCUCUUCCAGUCUCAGUGCAGGGUGAAGCUGCUCUGCCUGCUGUACACAGUGCUGAUAGUGAAGAGUCUGGUGUACUGCUGUGGACUCUCUCUGCUGAUGAUCCUCACAAACAAGGGAGCGUCCACCAACUGCACACAUGCUGACUGACUG